GAGGCUCCUCGGCGUCCGCCGGCAGGCCAAGGGCGCCCGGCAGGCCAGUGCCACAGGCCCGCCGCGCCGGGCCGCUGCCGCCGACGCGGCGGGCGCCGAGCAGGCCGCCGAGAAGGAGGACGCGGCGCCCAGCGGCCAGUGGGGCGCAAAGGCGUUGCGGCUCGGCGUGCUGGUCGCGGCCGCCGCGGGCGUCGCAGGCCGCCGUCUCGACAUCUCCCGGUGGUGGGGCGACCUGGCGGCCGCGGACACGGCCCCGCCGAGUCUGGAG